AUGCGAUCGUUCCUUGAUGAGCGGGCUGCACUGGUGACUUUGCGUCUUGGAAUACACGAGGUGGUCCCGGCAAAUUUCGUUGCCGACCCCGUGCUCGUGGUCGCUGACGCUGACUCUGUGGCUGUCGUGGUUGUCGUGGUUGUCGUCGCUGCGGGAGUGGUUGUGGUCGCUGCCGUUGUUGUUGUUGUUGUGGUUGUCGUUGGUGCUGCAGUCGUCGUCGUAGUUGUAGUGGUAGUCGUAGUAGUAGUUGUUGUUGUCGUGCCAAGUACGUGGUAA